CGCGAGUCAGUUUCGCGUUGGCGGGCAGCCUAAACGGACCACGGAUCUUUUUUUCUAGUGGAUGGUUGAGCAAAAGUCAACAAGAACGGCACAGAGAAAAAAUUGCGCGCGCGUCGCACUCUUGUGGAAAGAACACGUAAUCACCGGUGUUGUGAAUCCUCUCCAGUGUAAAUCGCAUCUCCAAAUUCGCACGUCGAGUUUCGUAUGCCUCGAGUACAACUUUCAACAAGACGAAUCAUAGUUCGAUUGUAGCAUUGAGUAGCUAAGGCACAUUUCUCUGCCUGUGGUCUCAAUUUGGUUCCGGUCUGUUUCUUUGACCCCAAAUCCGGUGGCAUCGAAGAAAGCCCAAGCGAUCAAUUCAACAGCGGGAAAGUGCACAAGAGUGUACGGCGCGACCUCCAGUCCCAAAAGGUGAAAGAUUGAAGUGAGCGAAAAAUUUGCAUCUGGCGCAAAGAACGUUGAACGUUGUUGUGCAGCUGUUUGAAUCGGAUAGAAGACUAGCGUUGCUGUAUAAGCGUGUGAUGAGUUCAUCCGACAAGAAUUUUCGUUCGAUUCCAUAUCCACCGCACAGCUGUUUGCGAACACGUUUGAAGAAGUCAGCUUAAGAGCUUGAAGCAGCAUUUUACCCUGCCCUACGGAAGUUCUGUCUAUCAUCCAUCUCACCUCUCGCAGGCAACUUUGCAAACUGUAAAUAAACAGACUGAAACAGUAGCCGUGUGGCGAAUUCCCGGCAGUCGAUCUUGAUCUUGUGAACACGUUUAUUUUGUUCUGUUGCUCUUGUUCGGUUCGUUAUUAGGUAUAUGUACCAUCAUCAUUGCAGCUGCGAGCUCGGUCUUUGCCCUGCAGAGCUGUAGGUUUGCCAUCCGCCCUGAAUCGUUUGACAGGAAGGAAGGCGCAGAAGAAAGCAGUGUUGGGUAUCGGUGACAGCAGCGCGGACUGUGUAAAGAUCUCACACGGUGUGCAGCCGGUUGGAACAUAACCAGAAAAAAAGUCGUCCAGGGGUUAACGAAACUCAAACUGCCGGUCGCGUGAAGAUCAAAGUUCGUGGGUUGUUUUACUUUGUUUCGGAAAUCAAAGAUUGUAUUUUGGCCGACAAAAUUAGCAUUUUGGCAUAAAAAGUGUGCGGAAAAGCAGAGUCAUUUGGAAACGAUUUUAGGCUUUUGUGAUAGUGAACUUGACAGAAAAUCAAAAGGUAUAAGAAAGGCGUGUGACAAAUCCGAUUAUUACCGGUGAUUAGCUACUGACGCAAAUACAAGAGGAUCUUGGAGAACGCCAGCCAUCUAUUCGCAAGGCUUAUCAAGAUUCCAAUCAUCACGUUCUAUCAAUAACGGAACCACAUCUGAUUCUGCGGAGAACAAAUCGAACGGGUCACCCACUUAACAAAAAAAGAAAAGCAGAAAACCAGUUUCCAGAGCACUCCCGUCGCGGGAAUUUCGGUGAACGCACGCAGCCCUCAUCAUCAACCCGUCAACAACUUCCCAGCCCAAAGUGGAAAAAAUAGAUCAACCAACAUGGAAGUGGCUGCAGCGGCAUCUUCGGCCCCGUCGUCAACGGCCAUAACUGGCCCGACGGCUCUGCGAGGCGGCCCCUUUCAGCGAGAGGUACGCGAGUGGCAGCAUGUCGAUCCAAAUACGGGAGCCCUGCUGACGGGCCGGCUCGAGGCGGACCGCUGGGUCAACGGACCCUUGAACAGCUAUGGAAAGAUGGUUUCACACAACCUGUCCACGCCGGACGGUAGCACCCAGCACACACAGAAAAAGCAGAUGGAAAUCCUUCAAGCCCGGACGGCGUCCGGUUCGCUUCAGGUGGUCCGCGCCCAAACCGUUCAGACAACCUCGUCACGCUGGUCCUCCUCCACACUGCAUUCCGAGAUUUGUAGCAAUGGUGUCAGCACGAGCACCAGCACCACCGCCAGUAGUAGUAGCAGUUUCAGCAAUGGACACCCCAUUCCAGCAAUCACCGCCAACGGCAGCAGCAGUACAAACGUUGGUCACAGAACAAGUGCACUAACGACCAAUGGAUUCUCGAAUCAUCACCUGCAGCAACAGUUCCACCGACCGGCGGUCAUAAAUUCCAGUAGAUUACUGAGCUCGACAUCAUCCGCCACCAACACCAACAGCAGCAUCCUACACAGCACUUCUCAGCAUCAGAGCCCUCAAACGCUUACGCCAUCGAACGCAACUAUGGCCGCAUCGAUGGCGACAACAAAAAUGUCAUCUUCACUUGCAUCCCCGUUGCUGCUGCAGUCGAAUGGGAAUGCGUCGGGCGGGUUUGGUAGCAAGCCAACGGCGCUCAACGGUGGUCAACCGGACAUGCAACGAGGGAACAGCUACAGCCACACCCGCCGGCAGCCGCUGGAUUGGUUCGACAAAUUCAAAGAUAUCAGCGUGAAGGAGGAACCGGCUGAUGCUGACAGCUUUCUGACCCGAGGCAAGAGCGUCUCGAUCGAGGACCUAUCCACAGAACGUGACGAAACCAACUUCGAUGACGACGUCGAACCCACGCAGUGGAAGCGAGUCAGCAAAAUCCGGCGUUCACUGCAAUUCCCAAGGAAAACCGCACCGAAAGUCAACACACGUCCGGCAGACCUUCCAGAGAACUCCGUUAGUGUUUGGAAGAUACGACAGGAAUUAGAAAACGGUCGCCGACUGAAUACCGCCAUGAGGAACAAUCACAUAGACUUCGUGGCCCUGGACAAUAUUCUGAACAGCGUGUCGGAAAUGUGUCCUUCAAAAACUGAGGCUUCUCGAACGCCCACUACUUCAAAAUCUAACGGUUCGUCUUUCCUUACUGCCGAAUCUUUGAAAGAAAUUCGUGGUAAACUGAGGAGACUGAGCAAUGAGUCCCUCUACCGGGAUGAUAUGAGCCCUGGCGAAGACCGCAAGGAGAACGAUGACUCAGUUACGAUCACUGAAGUUGAAACGAGAAUGGGCAAUCUGCAGACAAGCAGUUCAUCAGAUUCGUACAAAAGUAACAGUUUGGAAUCUACGAGGAAAGGAUCGACCGAUAGUAAUUCGGAUGAUUGGCACUCGAGACGAAAGUCCUACGGAUUUGAGAGGAUGCAUCCCCCAUCUGGUUUCAUGGCCAAAAUGGAUUCAUCAACCGAUAGUGGAAUUGGAAGGUCGACCGAUCUCAGCUCCAGUUGGUCCAGUGGUGGCACUGAAACCGCAUCUGCUCCAAGAGGAACAAUUGUUACGUUGGGUGAUCAAAAGGAUAAGUCAAGCAAUCAAGCAAUGGUAAUAAAAAUAACGAACGAAAGCCAGGAAAGUGCCAAGACGAAUCAUCGAGAAGAAGAAGUGAAACGGCACUCGAUCGCUGUCGAUGAAACGAGUUAUGUACGAGACAGCUUGAAAACGAUAUUCGAGAAAAAGACUUCAGUUAGUGUGAAUGGUUUUAGUCAAAUCUUUCUCGAUGAUUUAAGUAGGAACAAGAAAAAGGUUGAGUUUUGCAAAACAGAAGUGCAUUUCACCGCUGAUUCUGGUCGGGUGAACAUAGUUGAAACUGAUGAAAAACCUCCACCAACGAAUAACUUCCGUCGCAGACGGAGAACUUCAGGUGGCUCAAUAGGGUCAUCAUACCUUCAGGCUAUCAGCUCCGGAGCUCCCGUAACGCAUUUUGGAGACUUAGAGAAGGGAAUCAACGAGGCAGAUCUUAAAGAAAAUCCGGUUUAUACCGCACCAAGAGUAAUUACUACCACAGUUAACCCUCCAGAACCUACCCCUCGUAAGACAUUGACCACUUCCGAUGAUAGCGAUGGACAGUCUGGUGAUGAGAUUUCUUUGCGCGGUAUUUUGAAGAAUAAACCUGUUAUCCCAAAACCUUACGUUCUUGGUGAGAACAUGGAGAACAGUGAGAGCUUAUGGGGAGUGAAACUAAGACCUGUUUCAACGGAGUUGAACUACUGGAAUGGAGAAUCAGAUGAAAAACCUCAACCUGCAGGGGACAAGGAAGUGUCAUCCAGUGGUAGCUUCUCUACCAAAAUAAACCUUUCCCAGCAUGAACCAACCUGGAAACCUGAAGAAUCCCUCGAGUCAAACCCGAAGUCAACCACCAAAAUUCGUAUUGAUAUGACAAAGCCAUCCAAUCACUCCGAACAAGCGCCCAAUCAGCUCAAAUCCACUUCGCUCAUAAUGCGCACAAUGCGUUCGGCAAAUCAGUUUGACGAAGCUAUGCGAAAACUUGAAACCGCGCGACGCGAAUCUCUAGACAGCAAUGGUGGAGAUGAACAACGCUCGGCUUUUCAGUUGAUCUCAAGCACAAUUACCAAGUCAAACUCUGCCAGCAGCAUCUUUAAGGAAGCUCCGAAGCUUAGAGUAGCAAAAUAUGCAGCCUCUCUGGAUGGAGAUAUCGACGACGAUGAGUCUCGUUAUCAAGUGCCGAAACCUGCGGCCAGACGUAGUUUCACUAACGAAUCUCGUUUGUUGGACUUCGAGGCGUACAUAAGCAAGAAUAGUGUUCGACGCUCUAGUGUUGAUGAGUUCUCAUCGGUCAGUAUGGUCUCGAGUGUCACCGCUAAACCAGUGGCAGCACCAAGGAUGAAGAAGCUUGGUUCGAACGUAUUGAGCCAUCAAUUAACACAGCUGAAACGGCUAUACGAUGCUGCCGAACAGUACGACAGCGAUGAUAGCGCUAAAGCCGACGCAGAAGUUAAACUCUAUUUAGGCAAUCUUGCUGGAAGCAGUAUCGGCGAAGAGAAAGGAGGCAGCGAGCUGUCUGGCAGCUGGAGCCGUAUCAAAGCAAAGCGAAACAUUCAAAAGUUCCGAGAUCAGGACAUCAAGAUCACCGUUAACUCGGCACCAGAGUUUGAAAUCGUUAAGCCUUCAUCAAAUGGAGUUACUACAACCACAAUUACCAGCGAAAAACAACCGAAAACUAGUAACAUCAUGUCUAUUGCUCUGAAAAGUCCAACGCCAACCAAGAAACAUUCAAAUCCUAGUCCAGUGAAAGCAGCACAAUCGCAAUCGACCGAACCGCUAUCCCCGCACUUCAAGCGAUACAUUCCGAACGCACCUAGCGAUACAACGAACGGCACAGCACGAAACGAAGAACGAGCCUCACUUCGACUGUCGUCCGGUGCACGACAGCUCCGUGAGCACGAGUUAUCGUUCUUCGGUGUCAACACGAGCCAUGGGAACGGAAAUCAUGAAUCGACAAAAUCAUCGAGCACGACCACGUCGAGCUCGCUAAAAUCCGCCACGAACACUACCUUUACGCGAUCGACGACCCUGACUUCGUCGUUCAUCAAACGAAACUCGAUCAACAUGAACCCACUGUCAACGUCCACAUCUGCGGCAUCUACUUCAUCCAACUCAACUACUAAACAACUGUCUUCAACAGCAUCGACGGCGUGGCAGUUAACGAACGACAAACCUGAUUUGCUGCGUCAUAGUCAAAGGGCGGACGCCAUCAAGAAAACUACCAGUACCUCAUCGACCGCAGCCAGCCUGGAAACCAGUACUUCUACAAUGUCCUCCUUAGAUCCACACUAUGAGAACCUAGUCAAACCGGCAUUAGUGGCAAGCGUUCCAUCCUACGAUCGCAAACAAGAUCUGAAGCGGGACGAGCAAAUACUCGAAGAGCUAACACGUGCAGCUGAUGAGAUUCUGAAUGUUGUCAACAACAUGUCGAAUGCUGAAAGCACCGAAAGUAUUCUCAACGAGCAAUAUCGAAACGGUUCGAGCGGUUCCGGUGUUACGCUGGGCACAAUACGCGAGUGCUCCACUACUAACAAGGUCAUGCGGUCUCGUGGCGUUCAGGUAUCGAAGAAUUUCGAUGACAGCCUGAAGCGUCAUCAGCGGUCCACUAGGGUGUCUUCCGCUUCCUCAAACGAAAGUCUUCCUCGGCCAUCUCCUACCCGAUCCACCACCGCAAACUCUUCCACGCGUUCCGCCCAAAUUCCGGAAUCUCGCAAUAGUUCAUCUAAUAGCGGUCGACGUAAGCUGACCAGCUCAGCGACAGAGUCGCGGCGACUCAUACGAAUGUGCAGUAAAGAACGCCUGCAACAAUCGAAUGCCAGUUCCUCGGAAGAUCUGCCCAAUACUACAACUGUGGAACCACCACGAAGGCCUCGUCGCACGCGGUAUCACACCAGCCAAUCGGGAGAUAAGGUUGAAAAGGAUAGUCCAAAGCUUAGCUCCACAAAGAUUCAAACCGCCGACAGUCGCCGAAGCGAUGAAAGGUUAUCGAGCCGGUCACAUCGCAGCGACCGAUCAUCUACAAGAACAAGUAAAGCCCACACUACCAGUGGCGGCACCCUCACUUCAAGGGACGUCAUUCCAGCGACUACAGCGACGACAACAGGCGUUGAACAGCAGCACCGAAUCCGCAGCAAAUCCGGUGCCUCCGUUCUGCAGACUACAUCAUCUAAAAAGCACCAUCGGUAGGAUAGGAAAACGUCCACUUACCCAUUACGGAUUGCACAUAGCGAGUGAAGCCAAGUAUACUGUGCACAUACGCAAACUAACACGGAUCUCGACAGGAAAAUUAAUGGAGUAUGUAUAAUUAAUCAACGAUUUAAAAUGCGAACCCGAUCGAACCCCGCAGAACGCAGAAACUUCUUAAUUUUUAUUUUUUGCAUUACGAAAGCAUUAGAAACAUGUUGCUUGUGUUCCUAUUAUGGUUUGUUUGUUUGAUUUUGAUUUGCGCUGAAAUAAGUCGAAUGGCAUGGGCCACUCUCGCGCUCGACUUCGGCUUGUUGAUAAGAAUUGAACUAAAAUUGCUUUGGUAUUCUCACGAAUGGUUUUAUUUUCCACAUUAACGCGCUACUAAUAAACAAAAUUUAAUGGCUAUAAUUGGCAGAAAGGAAAGUUCCAAUGAACUUUGGUCAUAGGCUUAUGUAUAUCACGUUAUAAAAGAAAGGUGUUUAUUAGUCACAGAGCAGGGAAACAUAGCACAGUUUUUUUUGUUUUGCAGUAUACAUAAACAAUUUAACAUUAUCUCACGAUUAUACUCUACAAAAAAGUCAUACGUUAUAUUUAUACAGAUUCAACAAAAUAAAACAAAAUAAUCUUAAUAGCUAGA